AUGUGGUUUGUGGCCAACAGAGUUCACAUACUUGAUUUUAAGCUUGCAUUGGUUUAUGCUGAGUAUUGUAAGAUUGCGUAUGGUGUGAGAAUGCUGGAGUUGGGAAGGGGAGGGCAAUCAUCUUUUGCAUUAUUGUCUUGGAUUUUGAGUCGGGUACUUGGUGCAUCUGUUGGAUUUUGCGUUAGUGGAUUUAACAGUUUAAAAGACGUGGAAUUGAAGUUUAAGAAGGGUGGUAUUGAAUCUAUAUAUGUUGGUGAAAUUAAACUUAGUUUUCGUCGUUGUUUGGUUGAUCAUGGUGCGGGUUUUAGUUCUUGGGACCCAAAGUUGCAACUAAUAAUAUGCAACUUAGAAGUUGUUACACGACCUCCAAUUAAAAGCACUGAGGUAAAAAAGAAGAAACCUAAAAAAUCCAGUGCUGCUGGCUCUUCUGGAAAGGGAAAGGGAAAGGGAAAAUGGAAGACUAUAAGCACCGUUGCAAAAUAUUUCUCACUUUCUGUCACAAAUAUAGUUUUCAAGACACCUAAAUUUAGUGUUGAAAUUGGGAAGUUGAAUGUGGACAUAUCUAAAGAGCGUGGAAGCGAGUCAGAUUUGGUAGUUAGGGUUCAAAUACUACCCAUUCUCUUUAACGUUAUUGAGGCUCAAGAUAGUAAUCAAUUAUCUGUAACUAUCCAACCAACUGUUGCUUCUACUGAAAAGACUUGUGCUACUUUUGUCUGUGAAAAAUUCUCUGUCUCAUGUACAUUAAGCCAUGAUAGGGAAAUAGGUAUAGCUAUAAAGAGUGUAGAGAUUUCCAUUGGAGAUAUCAGUGUGAAUUCGAAUGAGGGGUUGCUUGAGAAAAAAAAGAGUUCAUCAGAAUCUUCUUCUUCUGACUCUCAGAAAAAUAUAGGAUCAAGUGAUGAUCCUAAGAGCAAAAAGCCACCUUCCAACAAGCAGGAAAAAAUUUCAGGCUAUAUUUCAAAGUUUCCUCAAAAGGUCAACUUCAAUUUGUCAAAGGUGAACGUUAGUUUUACGCAUCGUGAACGUAAUCUUUAUGUUGAAAAUAACAUCAUCGGCAUCCAAUUCAAAAGCAUCAAAUCACGGCCGUCAAAGGAUGGUGGGGAGAGUAGACGUCUUCAUUUUCAACUCGAAUUUGGUGAAAUUCAUCUUUUUAAAGAAGUUGGUUCUUCCAUCUUAGAGAUAUCGAGUGUAAAAAUGGCUUCUUUUGUGUAUGUCCCUGUACAGUCAGUUAUGCUUAUUAGAGCUGAAACAGAAAUUAAGAUUGGACGUUCACAAUGCAACAUCGUAAUGAGCAGAAUAAAGCCUUGGUUGCUGCUAAAGCCACCUAGUAAGCAGAAAAAACUGGUCAUCCGAGAAGAACCUUCUGUUGCAAAGCCAAAAUCUACUGAUGACAGUAAGACCAUCGUAUGGACAUGUAAUUUGUCAACUUCGGAGUUUACAAUAAUGCUUUUCAAUAUGGCUGGUUCUCCACUAUAUAAUGUUUGCUUAAAAUCAGCACAUGUAUCUGCAAACAACACUUCGAAGAUGGGAACUGCAGUGCACUCUGAACUUUGUGAAUUAAGCCUCAAAAUGGCUAAUGAAAAUCAAGAAAGUUUGGAAGAAAGCAUUUUUGGUGCUGAAUCAAACUCUGCCUUCAUUUUUCACAUUUCAAAGAUUUGUGUGGAUUGGGGCAAAAAGGACAUCAAAUCCUCUGAAAAAGAUGCUCCAAAGUGUGUGCUAAGUUUGUCAGUUGUUGUGACUAGCUUGGGAAUUUAUCUGAGUUUUGAGCGUAUAGAAUCAUUCAUAUCUACUGCAAUAUCCUUUCAAGUUCUAUUUAAAAGCCUUUCUGGUCCAAAGAAAAAACCCACAAAUACCCGGUCACAUUCAUCAAAAAGUUCAGGGAAAGGAACUCAAAUGGUGAAAUUCAAUCUCGAAAAGUGUUCAGUGUAUGUAUUGGGGGAAACUGGAAUAGAAAACGCAGUUGUUCCUGACCCCAAGAGAGUUAAUUAUGGUUCACAGGGUGGUAGAGUUAUAAUAAGUGUGUCCGCAGAUGGUACCCCUCGUACUGCAAAUGUAAUAUCCACUGUUUCCGAUGAGUACCAGAAGCUAAAGUACUGUAUUUGUCUUCAAAUCAUAGAUUUGAAGUUGAGUGUGAACAAGGAGAAAAGAUCUAAACAGGUAGAACUUGCCAAGGCCAGAUGCCUCUAUCAGGAGUAUUACGAUGAAACUAGGCCAGUAUCAAAGGUGGCAUUAUUUGACAUACGAUAUAUUAAAUUUGUACAGCGAUUAGGUGGCCUUAAAGAGAAUGCUGCAUGCUCUCUGUUCAGUGCCACUGAGAUUAGUUUGAAGUGGGAGCCUGAUGUACAUCUAUCACUGAUUGAACUGGUUUUGCAGCUAAAACUAGCAUUACACAAUUCCAAGCUUCGGGAGCGGGGUAAUGAACAAGUUGAAGAUGUAGUGUCUGAUGUAAAAGAUUCUAAUAAGAAAAAUGAAGUUCCUCUUCCAUCAGGGCAUUCUGAAAAGAAGAAAGAUUCUGUUUUUGCUGUUGAUGUAGAAAUGCUGAAGAUAUCUGGUGUGCUAGGAGAUGGAGUUGAUGCUAUGGUUCAGGUGAAGUCAAUUUUCUCUGAGAAUGCUCGUAUAGGAGUGCUCAUUGAAGGACUCUUGUUUUAUUUUAAUGGGGCCAGACUCGUCAAGAGUAGCAGGAUGCAGGUUUCACGAAUUCCUAGUAAAUCUGCUGCUGCUAUAUCUGAUGCAAAGGGAGCUACAAUAUGGGAUUGGGUGAUUCAAGGUCUUGAUGUUCACAUUUGUAUGCCAUUCAGAUUAGAAUUGCGUGCUAUUGAUGAUGCUUUAGAGGACAUGUUGCGUGCAUUGAAACUCAUUGUUGCUGCAAAGACCAACAUGAUUUUUCCGGUGAAGAAAGACAGUUCUAAAGCUAAAAAGCCUAGUUCAGUGAAAUUUGGAUGUGUGAAGUUUUUCCUUCGCAAGUUAACUUUUGAUAUUGAAGAGGAACCGCUUCAGGGAUGGCUUGAUGAACACUACCCACUGUUGAAGAAGGAGGUUGGCGAAUUAGCUGUCAGGUUAAACUUCUUAGAUGAUUUUAUAUCCAAGGUUAAGAAAGAUCCAAACUCUACUGAUGAUACCAAUAAUUGUACUGAAGAAAAAAAAAUUUAUAUCAAUGAUAUUGAAGUUGAUCUAAACGAUCCUUCAGUUGUUGAAUCGAUGCGAGAAGACAUUUAUAGACGAACAUUCCGAUCAUAUUACCAGUCAUGCCAAAACAUAAAGUUCUAUGAGGGAUCAGGUGCUUAUAAAAAUGAUGAAUUUCAAUCUGGGUUCAAGCUCAGUACUUCAAGAUCUUUUGUUCUUUCAGCAUAUGCAACAGACUUAGAUGUAACCUUGACAAAAAUCGAUGGUGGAGAAGAUGGGAUGAUUGAAAUUCUGAGGACGCUUGAUCCUGUUUGUCGUGAAUUAGAGAUACCAUUUUCCAGACUGUAUGGAGCAAACAUUAUCUUGAACACUGGUUCUCUUGUGGCUCAAAUUAGAGAUUACACAUUUCCUCUCUUUGCCGGAACUUCUGGCAAAUGUGAAGGUCGUCUUGUCAUGGCUCAGCAGGCAACUAGCUUUCAACCUCAAAUGGUUCAAGAGGUCUAUGUUGGGGAAUGGAGAAAGGUGAGCAUGCUUCGAUCAGCCACCGGUACUACUCCGCCGAUGAAGACAUACACAGAUUUGACGUUACGUUUCCAGAAAGGUGAAGUGUCAUUUGGGGUGGGUUAUGAACCAGUUUUUGCUGAUAUUAGUUAUGCUUUCACCGUGGUGCUACGGAGGGCUAAUCUGAGUCUUAAGACUCCUGGGCCACUAAUUUUGCCACCCAAAAAGGAGAAGAGUUUGCCAUGGUGGGAUGACAUGAGAAACUACAUUCAUGGAAGAAUUACCUUAUUAUUUUCUGAAACACACUGGAAUAUUUUGGGAAGUUCAGAUCCUUAUGAAAAGUUCGAUAAACUUGUACUUUUGACUCGUUAUAUGGAAAUUCAACAGUCAGACGGUCGCAUUUUUCUUUCUUCGGAAGAUUUCAACAUUUACUUGACCAGUUUGGAGAGUUUGGCAACCAAAAAUGGUGCCAAAAUUCCACCAGGUGUUUCUGGUCCAUUCUUUGAAGUCCCAGUUUUCAUACUUGAAGUUCUAAUGGAUUGGGGUUGUGACUCUGACAAGCCAUUGAAUCAUUAUUUGUUUUCACUUCCAAUUGAAGGGAAGCCUCGUGAGUUCAUAUUUGACCCCUUCAGAUCUACUGCUCUUUCGAUUAAAUUUAGCAUGUCAUUUAGAUCCUUUCCUCCUCCAUCAGAGAAACAAAGUUUAUCAUCAUCUGUUGCAAAAGAUAGUACAGAAGGAGAUGCUCAUGUUCAUCAGCCUCCUCGCACUUCUCAGAAUGCUUCACCAACAAUAAACCUCGGUUCUCAUGAUCUAUCAUGGCUGACAAAAUUUGGCACCUUGAUGUAUCUUCCCCCACAUAAACUACGCUUUUUCUCGCGUUUCCCUCGUUACGGUUGCCCAAGAAUUGUCAGAUCAGGCAACCUUGCACUUGAUAAAGUUAUAACUGAGUUUAUGAUGCGCAUAGAUGGCACCCCAAUUCGUAUAAAGAACGUGCAUCUUCAUGAUGAUGAUCCAGCCAAAGGACUGACAUUCUCUAUGACAAAGCUCAAGGUUGAAGUAUGUUUUGGGAGGGGCAAACAAAAGUUUACUUUUGAAUGUUACCGUCCCCUUCUUGAUCUUGUUUACCUAGGUGUUGAUCUUCACAUGCCCAAAGUUUUCCUUUGCAAAGAAGACUGCAGCAGUAUUACUAAAUUGAUUAGCAUGAAACAAAAAGGCUUACAAACUGCAUCCAAAAAAACUCCCUCGGAAAAAGGUUGCAUGACACAGAAGGAUCCUGAUGAUGGAUUCUUUUUAUCCGGUGAUUACUUCACGAUAAGAAAGCAGUCACCAAAGGCUGAUCCUGAUACUUUGAUAGCCUGGCAUGAAGCAGGAAAAAUACCUUCUGACAAUACCUAUGUACGACCACAGCGUGAAAAUCGAAAUGAAACUGACGAGCAAGCGCAGUCGGAUCCAAGUGAUGACGAAGGAUACAAUGUGGUAAUUGCAGACAGUUGUCAGCGUGUGUUUGUCUAUGGUCUCAAGCUUCUGUGGAAUAUUGAAAACAGAAAUGCUAUUUGUUUCUGGGUUGCUAGUCUUUCCAAAGCAGCCGCACCUGCCAAGCCUUCUCCUUCUCGGCAGUAUGUGCAGAGAAAGUUACGUGAGGAGAAGAAAAAACAAGAAGCUGCUGAAACUGAUCAAGAUGGUGCAGGUGAAACUGCUCAAGAUGGUGCAGGUGAAACUGCUCAAGAUGAUGGAACUGAAGUCCAUCCAGAUGAUGGAGCUGAAGCUCAUCAAGAUGAUGGAACUGAAGUUCAUCAAGAUAAUGCUGGCGAAAUCAGUAAAGUUGAUGAAGCUGAAUCCCAUCAAGACAAUGUGGCUGAAACCAGCCAAGAUGAAGGAGCUGGAACCAAUCAAGAUGAAGAUUCUGUGUCUCUUAACACCAAUAACAUCUUGGAUUCUCCCUCUUCUCAGACUGCCAAAAAUCCUGAAUUACCUUCAUCCCCACCGCAAGUGGAUAAUGUGGACAACGUGCCAUCUAGUACUAAAAAUGAGAAUGCUGAUGAACCAGAGGAGGGGACUCGUCACUUCAUGGUUAAUAUUGUUGAACCACAGUUUAAUCUUCACUCAGAGGAUGCACAUGGAAGGUUUUUGCUGGCUGCUGCAAGUGGACGAAUUUUAGCCCAGUCAUAUCACUCAGUUCUUCAAGUUGGUUUAGAGAUGAUUGAGCAAGGACUAAAUAAAACUGAGGCACAAAGUAGUGAGUACCAGCCUGAAAUUGCAUGGAAAAGAUGGGAGCUAUCUGUCAUGUUGGAGCAUGUGCAGGCCCAUGUUGCACCAACAGAUGUUGAUCUAGGGGCUGGAGUGCAGUGGCUGCCAAAAAUUCAAAAAGGGUCGCCUAAAGUAAUGCGUACAGGUGCUCUUCUUGAGAGAGUUUUCAUGCCUUGUGAUAUGUAUUUUCAGUUCACAAGGCACAAAGGAGGCACUCCAGAACUGAAGGUGAAACCCCUGAAGGAGCUCACCUUCAAUUCUCAUAAUAUAACAGCAACAAUGACUUCUCGCCAGUUUCAGGUCAUGCUAGAUGUGCUGUGCAAUCUUCUCCUUGCACGGGUUCCCAAGCCUCGAAAAAGUAGCAUGACUCUUUUUGCUGAAGAUGAUGAAGAUAAAGAAGAAGAAGCAGAUGAGAUGGUACCAGAUGGCGUUGAAGAGGUGGAACUUGAAAAGAUCAACCUUGAAAGAAAAGAGAGGGAUCAAAAUUUGAUUCGUGAUGAUAUAAGAAAAUUGUGUCUUUGGCAUGACCUUUCAAGAAAUUCACACCCAGAAGAGCAAGCAGACUUGUGGAUGAUAGACGGUGGAAUAGACAAGCUGGUCCAAGAACUGGACAAAGAACUUGUAAAUGCGAAAAAAUUUAGGAAGGAAGCAUAUGCAUCAUUAAGAGUGGCUAUGCAUAAAGCUGCACAACAGAGGUUAAUGGAGAAGGAGAAGAACAAAAGUCCUUCAUAUGCAAUGCGUAUAUCUAUGCAAAUUAACAAAGUUGUUUGGAGCAUGAUCCUUGAUGGUAAACCCAUUGCUGAAGUUGAGAUCAAUGACAUGAUCUACGACUUCGACCGGGAUUAUAGGGAUAUCGGCAUUUCUCUGUUUACCACAAAAAUUGUUGUUUUCAGAAACUGCCUGUCUAAUGCCAAAUCUGAUACAAUUCUGUCAGCAUGGAAUCCCCCUCCCGAUUGGGGAAAAAAAGUGAUGGUUAAACUUGAUGCGAGACAGGGAGCUCCAAAGGAUGGAAAUUCUCCUUUUGAACUUUUCCAUGUAGAGAUUUAUCCCCUUAAGAUCCAUUUGACAGAAACAAUGUACAGAAUGAUGUGGGUCUAUUUCUUCCCAGAAGAAAAGAAGGAUUCACAACGCCGACAGGAGGUUUGGAAGGUUUCAACCACAGCUGGUGCAAGGCGUAUGAAAAAAGGUUCAACAGCUGAUGGUUCGGCUUCAGGCACUGAUCCACCAGCAAGAUCUGGCUUCUCCGCAAUGCUGUUUCCCACAGUCAAUCCACUUGCUUCCCAAGCUGAUUCAGCCCAAGCAUCCAAAGCACAAAAUUCCAAAGCUAAUCCUGCUACUGGUCUAAGCCCGGAGUUGAAAAGGUCAUCAUCUUCUGAUAAAGCAAAGGAGGAGGCUGUAGCAGAAUCUGCAGCUGAUGAAGAAAAGAAGUUAGCUGUGCCAGCAGAAGAGAAGAAAGCUAGACCACAAAAGAUAAUGGAAUUUCACAACAUCAAAAUUAGCCAGGUGGAACUGUGUGUUACAUAUGAAGGGUCAAGAUUUGUUGUGAGUGAUAUGAAAUUAUUGAUGGAUCAAUUUCAUCGAGUUGAGUUUACCGGGACUUGGAAAAGACUCAUCUCACGAGUUAAGAAGCAUAUCAUAUGGGGAGUUCUUAAGUCUGUGACUGGAAUGCAGAUUAAGAAAUUUAAAGACAAAGGUCAGAUUCAGCUCCCUAGUUCCAGUGGCCCAGAAGUGGAUGUUGCUUCUAUUGACAGUGAAGGAAAAUCUGAUAAGCUUCCACCAUCUUUUCCUAAGCGUCCUACUGAUGGAGCAGGUGAUGGAUUUGUUACAUCCAUUAAAGGAAUAUUUAGCCAUCAAAAACGCAAGGCAAAGGCAUUUGUGCAAAAGACAAAGAAAAAUGAAGGAGAGAAUGAAAUUCAAGGAGAUCAGAAUGAAAAUGAUACAGAGAUCUCUCCUUUUGCUAGGCAGCUCACGAUCACACAAGCCAAAAAGCUUAUUAAGAAGCACACCAUGAAGUUGCAGGCUAAAGGACAAAAGGGUUCUCCCUUACAACAAGUAGUAGAAGAAACAUUAUCAUCAUCUCCACAAGAAGAGACUAUUUCAUUUGACAGUGAUUCUUCGAGUGAAUCUUCAUCCGAUGAAAGUUUACCAGAAUAGAUUAUGUAAAGGAAUAAUUCUUAGUUUUUAUGUUGAUCAUGAACUACGUUUUGCCUUAUUCUUAAAUAACUAAAUCAGCAGAUAAACAGCUAACAGAAAUGGAAACAUAGAACUUUGGACUUCAAUUUUAGAUAACUGAUGUCGAUGU